AUCGGCAAUCACGUAAUUUGAUUACGUAAUUUGCAAUGGGGAAGAAAAAAAAGGAAACGAACAAAUUCGAAUGGGAGAAGCCGUUAAAACCGUUGGCUGAAACGGAGGGCCGGGAGCCAGACAGGCUGACUGGUAUUUAAACAAAGUCUAAACUAUGAAAAAAGGGUCUAAACAGAAAUCAUCCAAACAAAACCAGCAGACUGUUGCAACGACUACUUGUAAGAAAUUGUUCUUUAAAUCUUCCAAACAGAAGAAACGCAACAGUCAAGGGGACUUUGUGAAACUAUUUCCACUAGAAGUCAGCUUAAAGAUCUUUAGCAAACUUGACAUUCAGAGCUUGUGCAAUGCAGCAACAACUUGCAAAAGCUGGAACCAAACCAUUGAGCACUAUGAUGAUUUAUGGAAACACCACUGUUUAAAUAUAAGAGCUGUCUGUCAGCGAGAGGUUGAUGGUGACAGAGGAAAAGGGUACUCAUGGAAAGUCACGCUGCAUAGAAACUACUGGAAAAGCAAAGUAAAGUAUGACUGGCUGAGUGGAAAAUAUAGCAAUAUUCAGUCACGGAGUAAUUUACCAGAAAAAUGUAUGUAUCCCAUGGAUGUAGAUACCUGGGGAGAAAUCUUGGAAGCUGAAUUGGAAAGAGUUUUAUACAGAGGAAAUUAGAGAGGAGUUCGUGUGUGCGUUUGUGUGCGUGUGUGUGUGUGCACUCAUAUAUAUGUGUACCUUUUCUGUAGUUUGGUUUGUGACUGCUUUAUAUAUGUUUAUUUAAUUUUACACUUUCAGAACUGUAAAUAUUUUAAUUCUUUAUUACAUAAUUUGAAAUGCUAUAUGUAAAAAUGGUUUUUUGAUGCUCAUAAAGCACUUUAUAAAUAAUGUCAAAUAUUUUAUAAGCUGGUGGCUUAGUCUGCUACUGGUCCUUCCAACUGGUUAGAACUGCUAUUCCUUUCAAUGCAAGCUUGCAAGUCCAUUAAUGGAAAUGAUGGAAAUUGUAAUGUAAAACUUAUGGAGGAUAUACGUUACCUAUCCUUAAAGUAUAUUGAUUUAGAAGAUUUUUGCUGAAUAGUCUGAUUUAUCUUUACACUGGUCUUUGAUCAAAAUAAAGAAUGGUUGACUAAUCUGAUUUACCCGUUUAUAAACAUUUUGUUUCAAGAUUGCAAUUAAAGGUAUUGAAUUGAAAUUAAAUUUCACUGCAGUUUUUAAAUUUUAAAAUAGGCCUAUAUAAGUGUGUGUAUAGAUUAGGAUUAAAAUCCAAAAUCAU